AUGGCUUUAAAAAUAAAGUCAAUUCGCGAACAGGGCAUCAACUUUACAAUCCCAGACAUGAGUUCACACGGCGCGUGUCAGAGAGGCGGGAUUGAUUACUUUAGGCCCAAAACAGACCCUCUCGGGCGCCUAAGUUCUGCGAGGAUAUUCCGCAUCUUCUCGAAUUUCCCUGGACUGCGGGAACACACAGCCAGCCGUCAUGGUCUUAUUCUCCUUGUGUGCUGCAAAUCCAGGCAAAACAGAUCGCCCACCAAUUCUUCGACACAACAAUUUCGACUAAUUGACAACGGAGGACUUACCAUACGUGGUUUGAUUCUUCUUAAGGUAAUAAAAACCAUAGUAGCUGGAGUAGUCGGAGAUGGUUUGCCAGCCCAGUGGUAA